CUCCGUCCCCAACUGAAAACUUUUUCCCUCUAAUUCGAAUUCUUUCUUCUCUGAAUCCCAAAAACGACGACGUAUCACACUCCAGGCCUCUACGAUGAGGCUCCGCCUCUCUACGAUCCUCGCGCUGCUUUGUCUCGGCGCCGUCGCUGUUCCCCGGCUCAAAUUCCCAGCCGCGGUGGCCUCCGCCGAGUCGAACGAGUCUGACUCGGCCGCGGCGGCGGAGGAGAUCAAUGCCGCGUCGGAGAACUCGUCGCGGGCGAGAUCUAGUAACGAUAGCUUGGCGAACAUGAUUGAUCGGGCUCUCGAGCGCGAGUUCCCUGAGAAUGAGCAGAAUCAAGCGGCCGAUGCCGGCAGCUUCAAUAAUAGCGUUAAUGAACAGCAGGCGACUCUGGAGACAGUAGCUAGAGUUAAGUCCAAGAAGAACGAAAGCAAGGAGGAGAAGUCGUUUCAGUUUCAUGAUGUUUUCCAGCUGGAGAAUGAGAACGGAGCAGAAGACAUGCCUACACUAAUAGAUAGGAAGGAUAAUGUUUUUAUUAUAUCCAAUCUCAAGUCAAAGUAUCCUGUGCUGCAAGUGGACUUGAGACUAAUAUCAGAUCUGGUAGUUGUCAUUGUUUCAGCAACGUGUGGUGGCAUUGCCUUUGCCUGUGCUGGACAACCUGUCAUUACUGGAUACUUACUUGCAGGAUCUGCCAUUGGCCCUGGAGGCUUGAGUUUUGUCAGUGAAAUGGUCCAAGUUGAGACAGUGGCUCAGUUUGGAGUUAUAUUUCUUCUUUUUGCCUUGGGCCUGGAAUUCUCAGCUGCUAAGCUUCGGGUUGUUCGAGCAGUGGCCGUCUUGGGAGGUUUACUGCAGACUUUCCUAUUUAUGUGCUUGUGUGGAAUAACAGCCUCAUUAUGUGGCGGAAGAACUUCUGAAGGGGUAUUUGUUGGUGCAUUUCUUUCUAUGUCUUCAACAGCAGUGGUUUUAAAAUUUUUGAUGGAAAGAAAUAGCAUUAAUGCUCUUCAUGGUCAAGUCACAGUUGGCACUCUUAUAAUGCAGGACUGUGCUGUGGGUUUGCUAUUUGCUCUGCUUCCAGUUCUUGGUGGUACUUCUGGUAUUCUGCAAGGAGUUGUAUCCAUGACCAAAUCGUUGGUGGUCUUGCUUGCAUUUUUGGCCACGUUAUCAAUAUUAUCACGUUCCUGUGUGCCAUGGUUCCUUAAACUUAUGAUAGGCUUAUCUUCUCAGACUAACGAACUCUAUCAAUUGGCAUCUGUGGCAUUCUGCUUACUUGUCGCUUGGUGUAGUGAUAAGCUGGGUUUAAGUCUUGAAUUGGGUUCCUUUGCAGCAGGAGUGAUGAUAUCAACAACUGAUCUAGGUCAACAUACACUUGAACAGGUUGAGCCCAUUCGCAAUAUGUUUGCUGCCCUUUUUCUCGCAAGCAUUGGGAUGUUGAUAGAUGUUCAAUUCCUUUGGAAUCAUGUUGAUAUAUUAUUAGCAGCUGUUAUAUUGGUAAUCAUUGUAAAAACUGUAGUGGUUUCUACUGUUGUGAAGGGGUUUGGAUACAAUAACAAGACUUCCCUUCUUGUUGGAAUGUCUUUGGCACAAAUCGGAGAAUUUGCUUUUGUACUACUAAGCCGCGCUUCUAAUCUUCAUCUGGUAGAGGGUAAAUUGUAUGUGUUACUUCUAGGCACAACAGCUCUUAGUCUGGUCACUACACCGUUGCUAUUCAAGAUGAUUCCUGCUGUUGUUCAUCUUGGGGUGUCAUUACGGUGGCUCUCCCCUGAUAGCCCAAGUGAGAUUGGCUUUAAAGGAGAUAGCUUUCGCUCAGAUAGUGCUAAGCGUAUUGCUUUCUUGGUCCAAGAAUCUCAUCAUUUAUGAUGAUAAAUAAAACAUUGACCAGAAAACUGCACUGCUGGCCUCAGCAUUUGGGGUUGUUAUACUCUGAAGGACGGGUAUUUCAGAGUGCAAAGGAGGUCGACUAACUGAAUGUGUUUAUACUGCGGAGCUAUGCAGCAUCUUACUGAUGGAGCAAGAGUGAAUCACAUAAAUACUAAUUGAGACCAAGACGUUAUCACGGUAACUUUCUCUUCUAAAUUAGUUUCCGUUUAGCAUUGUAAAUUAUCCCCUUGCCCCCUUUGAACCCUCGUGAGGUCGAAAAAUUUUGUUUUGUUUUUGCUCACCUUUCUUGCUCGUCUUUGGUGGUGCAUAGAUCAGUGUUGUUUCCACUCUACAAUGUAUCGCGGAUUCUUCCUUUGCAAUGGAAUCACAUAAUCUUCUGUGCAAGGAUUUCGCUUUGGGUAUUUUCAAUAAACUUCAUUGUCAAAUGUAUAUGCUCUGUGAUUAUCUCAUACAAAAAAAAUGGCAUCACAUGAUUACAAAUAUCUUCUUCCCCGGUUUUCCGUUGUCAAUAGUUGAUCUUUGUAUAAGAGGGGUCUCCUAUGCAGUCACACUUGCAUCACAUGAUUUUAUACGUAUCUUCUGCUUCCACCAGUACUGCUUGUAUAUAACUCUGGUCAGAUAAAGGG